UGAGGUAGGGAAGUGAUGCUGUCGAAGGUGACAUCCUGUCCUGCUCUCUCUCUUCUGUCUUCUUGCUCCCUCUCUUGGCUUCCUGGUUUGAUCUUACUCUUCUACCUGGUGUUCUAUGGGUUCCUGGCUGCACUCUUCUCAUUCACCAUGUGGGUGAUGCUUCAGACUCUGAACGACGAGGUCCCCAAAUACCGCGAUCAGAUCCCCAGUCCAGGACUUAUGGUUUUCCCAAAGCCAGUGACUGCAUUGGAGUACACAUUUAGUGUGUCUGAUCCACGUUCCUAUGAAGGGUACAUUAAAGACCUUAAGAACUUUCUAAAAUCAUACUCGUUAGAAGAACAGAAGAAUCUCACCAAUUGCACUGAUGGAGUGCUUUUUGUACAGAAGGGUCCAGAUUAUGCCGCAUGUCAGUUUCCUAAUUUCUUACUUGAGGCGUGCAGCGGGACCGAUGACCCUCAUUUCGGCUAUUCCCAAGGACAGCCUUGUGUUCUGGUGAAGAUGAACAGGAUCAUUGGCUUAAAGCCUGAAGGAUCGCCACGGAUAGACUGUAUUUCAAAGGAUGAAAACACAGCAAUUGUAUCAAUGUAUCCUAAUCGUGGAAUCAUAGACUUAAAGUAUUUUCCAUACUAUGGAAAAAAACGGCAUGUGGGCUAUCUACAGCCGCUGGUUGCUGUCCAGGUCUCCUUCGCGUCCAACAGCACCAAGAAAGAGGUGACAGUAGAGUGCAAAAUUGAGGGAUCAAAGAACCUAAGAAACGAGGACGACCGCGACAAGUUCUUGGGAAGAGUCGCAUUCAAAAUCACGGCACGCGCAUAGCGCUGAGUCAGAGGUCUCCGCGGGGUAAAUGUUGUGUUGUCUGUCCUCCUUGUGUGCCCGCUGGACCUGCCGUUCUAGAAUUCUGAGACUGCCUGGGGCAAGGUGGCGCUGCCCAGCCCGGGUGACCGCGUAACGUGCUUCCAGACCAGCGUCCGUGUCCUCUGAGAUAACUGCCUGCUGCUCCGCUGCCCUUCGAACCAGUGCCCCGUGCCCGCCGGGCCGGGGAAAGCCGCUUCCCAGCGUGUGCUGGGGCUUGUCCUCCUCCUCAUGUGGUUUCAUUGCCAAGUGUCUAAAGCUAAAUGUGCUGUGCAGUGUAAAUAUUUUAUGGAUUUAACACUGGUUAACUCAUAUUUUGAUGCCAACCAAGUUUUAGGGUUACUAGGACCCGGCCAACGUUGCCUGUUGCUGCAGGGAGUGGAGGAGCUCUGUGUGAGAAGCAGAAGGAAUAAAAGUGGGUCUGAAAGUGUUACCUUGGGUUUUUUGUAAAAUUAUUUUUUACAUGCCUAAUUAGUCUGUGGAUCUUUUUGAUCAAGAGCACAAACUUUUUGUUAUAAAAUAUGUUUUUAGAAAAAGCUGAUAGGGUUAUUUUCAUGUUGGAACGGAGUCUCUCAUAAUGUAUUUCAGACCAGGUGAAACAGCGGUUUUAGGUCAGAAUGAAUACGCACCUAAUUUUUUAUGAAAUUAAAUUCAUGAGUCUUAAAUUGUAUAAUAGUUUGUGAAAUAUCUUGUUACUGCUUUUAUUUAGCAGACUGUGGACUCUAAUAAAAGAUUUAAAUUGUGAAAUAUAAAAAGUUGGAAAUUAUUUAUAGCCUGAAGCCACAAAUCGGAGUUUCGCAUCACAUUCCCGGUGCCCUGGGGUGCUUCCUCCUGGUGUUGGGCGUGUUCCUGGUGCGGCUCGCAUCACUCUCUCCCCUGGAGGGAAGUGCGCUUCCUGUGAUCCCUGGGUCUUAACCUUUGUGUUACUGUUUUCUUUAAAAAAACAAAACAAACCAAAAAA